AUGGCUCGUUCACUUACUGAGAUAUUUUAUACAAUAAUCAGCAGUGGUGGUGGUGGAAAUACCGGUACCUAUUUCGAUAGUAAUUGCACUGGAAGUAGCAAUAGAAUGACUUCUUCAAGAUCUGGCGAGAAUACCACAAUAAAAUUUGUUCCAUGUACUCUGUGCUCGGAACCUGAUUGCAGUACUAGCGUGUCACCUGUCGUGACUAUAAUAGAAGCAUCAGAUCCAUCACAGAUUGAGCAUCAUCGUCAACUACAACAAGAAGGGAUGUGGGAAAUAGAAAGAUUGCCACAAACUUCACAUAGGGUUAUGGAAGCAUUGGGUUUGCGUAAAAUAGGACAUACUGUUUAUCAUUCACAAACACCAUAUAUUGUUGGCAUGAUUAUAAAAGUUAAAGAGUUGUUAUCAGUGAGAAUGAUUAAUCGAAUACCUUCACUUGAAGAGAGAUCUAAACGUGCAGAAAGUGGUUAUGUGAUUAUUAAAAGAUAUCAAGACACUGAUGGAUAUUAA